GCAAGCCUGAAAACAGCCUGCCGCUGCCUGAAGUCAUGAGGGCUACAACCUGAGUCCCCUGCGCCCGACUGAACUGGACAGGAAAAGGAUUAGACGCUAUAUAGCAAUGACGCCCCAGCCGCCGAGUUACAUUUACGCCCCUUUCGGCGAAGUUAGGGCGCGAGUGUUCUGAGGCUUUCCGGUGAUUGGGCCCGAGCUCGGCCAAUGGGAGGACGGCGCGGAAAGGAGCCUGGCGGAAGUAACCUCGGCGGAGCCGAAGAGAGCUUGGAGGAAUCCUGUUGGGUUUUUUCAGGCAGUGCCAUGAGUAGCUUUGGAGGGAGGAUGCGAGAAUAUCCGCAUCUCUCCAUAGACCGCUUCGAUCGGGAAAAUCUGCGAGCCCGGGCGUACUUCCUGUCUCACUGCCAUAAAGAUCACAUGAAAGGCCUGAGAGCUCCUUCCCUGAAAAGAAGACUGGCAUGCAGCUUGAAAGUUCGCCUGUACUGUUCACCAGUGACAAAGGAGUUGCUGCUAACUAAUCCACGUUACGAAUUUUGGAAGAAUCACAUUGUUUCCCUUGAAGUUGAAACUCCAACGCAAAUUUCUUUGGUUGAGGAAGCAUCUGGCGAGAAAGAAGACGUAGUUGUGACACUUCUACCAGCUGGCCACUGCCCAGGAUCGGUCAUGUUUCUAUUCCAAGGUGAACAUGGCACUGUGUUGUAUACCGGGGAUUUCAGACUUGCCAAAGGAGAAGUGGCCCGAAUGGAACUUUUGCACUCAGGGAGCAGAGUGAAAGACAUCCAGAGCGUGUACUUGGAUACCACUUUCUGUGAUCCCAAAUUUUAUCAGAUACCAAGCAGGGAAGAAUGCACGAGGGGUAUAUUAGAGUUAGUACGAAGCUGGAUCUCCCUUAGUCCCUAUCACAUGGUAUGGCUGAACUGCAAAGCGGCUUAUGGAUAUGAGUAUUUAUUCACAAAUCUCAGUGAGGAGCUUGGAAUUAAGGUGCAUGUGAACAAACUGGACAUGUUUAAAAACAUGCCAGAAAUCCUUUACCAUAUUACCUCCGAUCGGCGUACUCAGAUUCAUGCAUGUCGCAAUCCAAAGGAUGAUGAAUUCUUCCGAGGGAACAGAUUGCCUUGUGGAAUGACUUCCCAGAGUGGAAAACGGUUGCACAUAAUUAGCAUCAAACCAUCCACAAUGUGGUUUGGAGAAAGGACAAGGAAAACCAAUGUAAUAGUGAGGACUGGGGAGAGUUCAUACAGAGCUUGCUUUUCCUUUCACUCUUCUUAUAGUGAGAUUCAGGAUUUCUUGAGCUAUAUUCGCCCAGUGAAUGUGUAUCCUAAUGUAAUCCCAGUAGGUGCAACAGAGGACAGAGUUAUAGAAAUCUUAAAGCCAUUAUGCAGAUUGUACAGCAAAAAUAGUGAGCUGACAUAUAAACCACUUGGAGCACUGAAGAGAACCAAAACCAUGGACCUAGCAGAUGCAGAUGAUAGGAGUGAUGAACUCUUUGCUGCAGAAUUGAUUCCUGUAAGAUACAAAAUUCCAAAAGUCCUGCCAGCUGUUGCAUCAUCUGAAAAUAAACCUCUUCCUGAUAAUCAUCAAAAUGACUGUGACAAAACAAGUUAUAAGGCAUCUUCCAUGCCAACCUCUUUGAAGGUAGAUUUCAUAGAGUGUGAGGAAUCCAAUGGUGAGGAUGACGAUGAAGAAGAAUCGGAGGACUUGGUUCUAGCUGAAAUUCUUCCACCCAGUGCAGACUCUACCACUCUGUUGCAAAAUCCAGGAUCGGUUCGUUCAGAGCCCACUUCCAAGCAAAAUGAGAACAGGCAACAUUGUAAUCUGGAAGUGCCAAAGUGGGAUGCCUUCUUUAAACGCAAUGUGGAAGUCACAGAUACCUCUGAACAUGAAGACAAUUUUCUACCUCCCACAGAUUCAAGUGAGCCUCAGUCCCCCAGCUUGUUCAGUGACAACGAUGAGGAUUUUAGUGAUUCUACUCACAUCUCCUCCCAGACCUCUUCUCAGUCUACACAUAUAUCUGAGCAAGGUAGCCAAGGGUGGGAUAGUCAGGCAGAUACUUUGCUCAUUUCAUCACAAGAGAGAAAGAACUUUGAAUUCAGCCCUUUAAAGAGGGGAACAGACAGAGCAAUGUGCUAUGCAUCUUGUCUACCUCCUGAGGAAAACCAAACAAAUUUGCAGAGUUGUAAACCUUGGGGUUACAGUGCACUGUCCACAAAGAAUGUUGACUUUGAACGCCAAGGCAAAGCCCAGGAAGUGAACACAGCCACACCUACUUUGACACAUAGUGUGCAGAGUGGAUCAACUAAUGAGAGGAGCAAACAGAGUGACAGUUCAGGGAUACUUAAUCCUGAGGCCCAGCUAAACUCUGAGAGCUCGUCUGAUUUUGAAAUUCCUUCUACUCCUGAUACAGAGAUUCCUAAACCAGACCAUCUGUGCAGUCUGUACAAGAAGCUGGCCGCGGGGGAGAAUCUAUACUGAGUGGGAAACAAAGACCUAUCAACUUUUUUGUAUUAUGAGUUAAGUGUCAGCCUUCCCCAAAUCACGUAUUUUGAUAGUAAUUAUGUAAUUUGAAACGUGACUGUUUUUUCAUUGUUUUAGUUAACAUUGAAAAUAGAUUUUUCCUGUUGUAUGGGAAAUUCCUAUAUUCACUUUGAUAGAAAACAGAGAAAAUUCUAAUCAGAAACGCAUUGAAGUCUGUUCAAAGGCUCUUUUUGAGAAAGUUGUUUGACGCAAGUACAGUUUGGUGUGAGAUCCUGCCCUGGACUCCUUCUGGAAGGAAGGGCAGGAUAUAAAAGAUCAUUUAUAUAUAAAAAACGCUUUGAGUUCUUCAUUGAAUGUAUUUUUAAAUAUCUUGUUGAGCAGGAUGAAUGAACCAUAAUGCAAGUAUUCAUCUCAACAGCCAUCAUAUAAACAUUUACACGAACAGCCACUUGUCAUCCUUUAUUGGCAAGAUUGUCUUCACACCUGACCAUGAACUCAAGCCCCCUUCCAGUUUCUCAUGUGAAGGGGGCAUUACAUAAUUACUGGAGAAGGGGACUGUACUCCUGGCCCGUCUCCCAGAUAUCCAUUCAUUAGCCUGGCUGGCUACAGUGAAGCCUCUAUGCAACUUCCCCAGUUGUGUGUGCAGGAGGGGACUUACUAAAUUUAGGAUCUUACUUGCCUAGUGAAAUAUUUAAAAUAUGAUUUUAAAGAAAUUUAAUCUUUUCAUCCAGUCAGUAGUUGGAAACUCACCCUACUUUUUCAUGCUACUAGCAUUCUUUAAGAUGGAGGGGUGGGAUUUUAUUAUUUUAUUUAUUUAAUUACAUUUCUAGACCGCCCUAUAGCAGAAAGCUCCCAGGGCGGUGUACAACAAAUAAAAUCACAAUUAAAAUAUGAGCAAGUGUGGAAAAAAAUAUAUAUAUAUAGUACAAUUAUAAAACAUUAAUAAAAUUGCCAUUGAGAUUUAUAAAUUAAGAUCAUAUUAAGUUUAGAAUGUUAAAUUAAAAUAUUUAAAAAUUUACAAAAUUUAAAAAGCCUGGGCGAAAAGGUAAGUUUUUACCUGGCGCCGAAAAGAUAACAGAGAAGGCGCCAGGCGUAUCUCAUCUGGGAGGGCAUUCCAUAGUUCGGGGGCCACCACCGAGAAGGCCCUAGAUCUAGUUGUUGAUCUCCGGGCCUCUUUAUGGGUUGGGACCCGGAGAAGGGCCUUCGACAUCGAGCGUAGUGAACGGGUAGGUACAUAGCGAGAGAGGCGAUCCAUCAGGUAUUGCGGUCCAAUGCCGUUUAGGGCUUUAUAGGUAAGAACCAACACUUUGAAUCUGGCCCGGAAACAUAUCGGUAGCCAGUGCAGCUGCGCCAGGACAGGUGUUAUAUGGUCAAAUUUCUUUGUCCCAGUGAGAACUCUGGC